AUGCCGGGUCGGCGCAAGAACCAGCAGCAGGGCGAGCCCGUGAUUGGCCGCGCGCGCCCCAGCGGCACCCGAGGCCGCGGCCAGGGGCGCGGGGACCAAGGCGCCGGCCGAGGACGCCCCGGGCAGCCGCCUCCCUCCGCCGUGGCGCCUCCCCCCGCUCCUGUCGCCCCUCCCCCGCCCGCGCGCGCCGCUCCAAGCCAGGAGUUCGGCGGCCUCGCGCUGCCCGAGGACGGCGGCCGCGCGCGCGAGUUCUCGGCGGUGGUGAAGGAGGCGGACCCCGUGGCCAUCCGCAUGCAGCAGCUGGAGGAGCUCUUCGCCGGCCGACUCAACUACACGCCGUACGACGCGCUGCAGGCGCUGGACGUGGCGCUGCGCCACUCGGCGUCGCAGCGAUUCACGGUCGUGGGGCGUAACCUCUUUACCAACGCGGGCGCCAGGACGCUGGGCGAGGGCGCGGAGCUCUGGUUCGGCUACUACCAGAGCCUGCGCCCCACGCAGAGCCGCCUCGUGGUCAACCUGGACCUGGCCGCGACCGCCUUCGUGGAGGCCAUGAGCGUCACUGAGUACCUGUGCGAGACGCAGUCGCUGCGCCAGAUGCCCACGUCAUUGGCCAAGUACCAGCACUCGUCCUUCAGCAAGGCCAUCAGAGGCGUCAAGGUCAACAUCACGCACCGCCCCGGCGUGAGACGCAGCUACCGCGUCAACGGCCUGUCCAAGGACAGCGCGGAGAACACGUUCUUCGAGAACGACGAUGGCCAGCGCAUGUCCAUUGUCCAGUACUUCCAGAGGACGUACAACAUCCGUCUGCGCUACCCGAAGUUGCCGUGUCUGCACGUUGGCGCCCCGCAGAAGAAGAAUUACUUGCCCAUGGAGGUGUGCCACAUCAUGGCCGGACAGAAGUGCCCGCGCAAGGUCACGGACAAGCAGGUGGCCAACAUGAUCAAGUUCACGUGCACGCCGCCGGACCAGCGCAAGAGCGCCAUUGAGCGCAAGUUCCGCGAGGCUGGAUUCAGCACGGACCCGACGCUGCGAGCGUUUGGACUGGAAGUGGACCCGCACAUGGUGGAGACUACGGGCCGCCAAUUGCCGCCACCGACGAUCGAGUACAGCGGCGGCGCGCGCGAGAACCCGCGCGAUGGCGCGUGGAACAUGCGCGGCAAGAAGUUCAACGCGCCGGCGCAGUUCAAGUCGUGGGCCAUCAUCAGCAUGUGUGACCCGAACCGGUGCAGUCUGGACAGCAUCCUGGCCUUCUUCAAGGCUGUUAUGAGUCAGAUGGGCCAGCUUGGCAUGCGCUGCCCGAGGACGCCGCCCCCGAUUCUGCUGAAGAAGAACCGCAAUGAUUCUGUGCGCAUGAUGUUCCAAGCGGCAGUGACGGCGGCGACGCAGAAUUUCAACGCCAAACCAGAGAUCGUGUGGAUGAUCAACCCCGUGUCGGACGCUCGCGCGUAUGGAGAGCUCAAGCUGAUGUCCGACACGGAAGCGGGCAUGGGCAUUGUGUCGCAGUGUAUGCUGUCGAAGCAUAUCCCGAAGUGCAACCCGCAGUACAUUGCGAACAUCCUGAUGAAGGUGAACACGAAGCUGGGCGGCAAGAACGGAGUCAUCAGCGGCCCACUGCCACAGGUGUCGGCAUCGCGCACUAUCAUCUUCGGAGCCGACGUGACGCACCCGAGCCCGAUGGACAAGACUCGUCCAUCCAUUGCUGCGGUCACAGCUUCAAUGGACGCCAACUUUAUUCGUCACGCGUCUGCGAUUCGGGCGCAAGGCCACCGCGUGGAGCAGAUCAUGAACUUGAAGGACAUGGUGAUGGAGCUCAUGAAGCAAUUCUACCGAUCGACGCGCGGCAAGCCCGACCGUAUUGUGUUCUAUCGCGACGGUGUGAGCGAAGGCCAGUUCCACAUGGUCUUGAACUAUGAAGUGACGGCUAUUCGCGAGGCCUGCCAAGCGCUGGAGAAGGGGUAUAUGCCCCCGAUUACGUUCGUCAUUGUCCAGAAGCGCCACAACACGCGUCUGUUCCCAAACAACAGGAACGAAGCGGAUCGCAGCGGAAACGUAAAGGCGGGCACGGUUGUGGAGUCGGGGAUAUGCCACCCCAUUGAGAACGACUUUUACCUGAUGAGUCACGCCGGACUGCAAGGCACCAGUCGCCCCACUCACUACCACGUACUGCUGGACGAAAUCGGCUUCACGGCGGACGAGCUGCAGACGCUUACGUACAAGUUGUGCUACACGUUCGCUCGCUGCACGCGCUCCGUGUCGAUGGUUCCGUCGGCGUACUACUCGCACCUCGUGGCCUUCCGCGCUCGAUUCUUCCUGGUCGAUGGCAGUGACACCGCCUCGAGCGUCUCGGGCUUCAGUGAUACCGCUCCCGAGACGGAUACGCGCAUGUACGACGUGCACCAGUCGAUGAAGGGCGCGAUGUACUUCGUGUAG